GAGAAAAAAAAAACAACGGAAUACUGUAAACAAAAUCUUGACGAGACGUUGAGGAAAGCACGAAGCCGUGCUCACGUCUCGUAUCUUAUUCCUUUUUGUUUUUCUUAUCCACGCCGCUUCUAUCCGAAUUCCGAUUUCUCUAGAAUCCUCCAAAAUCUCUCUUCCAUGGCCACCGUCUCCGCUUUCUCCUCUCCUGCUUGGCAAAACCCUGAUUCCGAUUCAAACCCUAAUUCCACCUCCGCCUCCGAUUCAGCUCCUCCUCUUCUCCCGCCCCAGGAUCGCCACGACCCCACCGACUCUCUCGAUUCCUUCUCCUCCAUGAGUCUCCAGGACGAGGAGCUCACUCGGCAACUGGAUCCCAACAGGGACCUCAACGCUCACACCACUCUCUCUCCGCCGCAGCAUUCACCGGUGACGCCUCCGCCUUCCCUGUUCUACCUCUCCUUUAACCAGGAUCACGCUUGCUUCGCUGCUGGCACCGAUCGCGGCUUCCGGAUCUAUAACUGCGACCCUUUUCGCGAGAUCUUCCGGCGAGAUUUCGAUCGCGGCGGUGGGGUCGGUGUAGUGGAGAUGCUUUUUCGGUGCAAUAUCCUGGCCUUCGUUGGCGGUGGUCACGAGCCGCAGUAUCCGCCCAAUAAGGUCAUGAUUUGGGACGAUCAUCAGAGCCGCUGCAUCGGCGAGCUCUCAUUCAGGUCCGAUGUGAGAGCGGUCCGGCUCAGGAGGGAUCGGAUCGUCGUUGUUCUCGAGCAGAAGAUAUUUGUGUACAACUUCGCCGACCUGAAGCUGAUGCAUCAGAUAGAGACCAUCGCGAAUCCUAAGGGUCUAUGCUCCGUUUCUCAGGGAGCUGGGGCGAUGUUGCUCGUAUGCCCUGGUUUGCAGAAGGGUCAAGUUCGGGUCGAGCAUUACGCGUCGAAGCGGACUAAGUUCAUCAUGGCCCAUGAUUCACGGAUUGCUUGUUUCGCGCUCACGCAAGACGGGCACUUGUUGGCCACGGCGAGCACCAAAGGCACUCUGGUUCGGUUGUUUAACACUGCCGAUGGUACGUUGCUCCAGGAGGUUAGGAGGGGUGCAGAUAGAGCCGAGAUCUAUAGUCUUGCAUUCUCUGCAAACGCCCAGUGGUUAGCAGUCUCGAGCGAUAAAGGGACUGUCCAUGUUUUCGGUCUCAAAGUCAAUUCUGAAUCUCAAGAAAACGACACAACCCGAACUGCAGUGGAUGCCACUCACUCCCCUUCCUCAUCUCUCUCAUUACUCAAAGGAGUGUUGCCAAAGUAUUUCAGCUCAGAAUGGUCAGUGGCUCAGUUCCGGUUGGUCGAAGGAUCUCAAUACACAGUCGCCUUUGGUCAUCAGAAAAACACUGUUGUAAUUCUUGGCAUGGAUGGGAGCUUCUACAGAUGCCAGUUUGAUCCGGUGCAUGGUGGAGAGAUGACUCAGCUCGAGUAUCACAACUUCCUGAACCCGCCUUCUGUGUUCUAACUUCCUGAUGCACCGCUGUUUAUAGUGUGUUCUCUCUUCUUACGUAGUACGCCGAUCCUUAAACCCUUAAUGAUGUGUACGUACGCAACGUAGUGUAGAUAGAGAUAUAUGUGUAUAUAUGGGCGUGUCCAUGAUGCAGAUUUCCAUGUCCAAGUGAGUCUUAGAACUGUGAUUGCCUAAUUGGGGAAUAAAGAAAAGUAAAAAAAAAAAAAA